CUACCACUUCACAUCAUGUUGUGAUCCUAGUCUGUCCUUGCAUGCAGUGAGCUGCAUGGCUGCAUGGAUUCUGAGCGGGACACGGUUCUUGUCGUUCACUUUGAAGAAUCGGCUCUUAGAACCGACUCACGGAACUUCACCGACCGAGAUUUGGAUCUGUUGACUGAGGAGAACACUCCCACCCCGGACAUGGAAAGUUCAUGUAGUUUCAUGUAUUUGUGUUCUCUUGUAGAAAAUCUGCUUCUUCUCAUUUAUUACAAAGAAUGACGUUCACUUUCACUUUGACACGACUGCGUCACGUCUUCUCCAGGACCAGCAGGAGCGGGACAGAGGACAGACAUGGAGGACGAGAUGAAAGGGCUGAGAGACAGAGGAAAAACUGAAGCCAGUACCGAGAGCAAAACAGAAAACCUGUUAAGAUACAUAAGCGAUCGACUCAGGAUUCAUUCUGGCGCUGAUGAGUUUAAAACAUUUGACCCAGUUUCUGAUGAAACUGGAAAUAUGCUGCAUACAAGUGGAGUAAAGGAAACGUUCCUCUGGCCUCCCGUGUACAGAUCUCCUGACUUUCCUGUCUUUUUCUACGCUGGCACCAGAAGAUAUGACAGAGCGCCAUACAGAGAUGACCCACAUCACAUCGGUGCUGUUGCUGUGUCCCAUGAUGCCACAAGACGCCGUGGACGAGGCGCCUCUCAGGUGGAUGUCGAUAAUUUGGCCCGCGCAAUUCUAAAACUAAGUGACCAGGUGAGGAUGGAUGUCAUACAUCAAGGUAUCCGAGAAGAUCAGAUGCAUGUAUUCCGUUUGACCCGCGCAAUUCGAAUACUAGGUGAUGAGGUGACGAUGGAUCCCCUAUUUCUAAAUAUCCCAGAAGAUAAGAGAGAGAGAUCACUUUUGGCACGCGUAAUUCAAAUACUACGUGACGAGUGGAGGAUGGAUCUCAUUCAUCUAGAUAACCUGGAAGAUAAGAGAGUGCAUGAUAUUCUCCUAAUGUGGCCCUCCAACGUUUCAUACGUGCUCCAUCGCUCUAUGGCCAGCUUUUGCUCUUUUGCGAGUUUUGCUUGCAGCUAUUUACGCGACUAUUUCCGCAAUUUACAGAUUUUCACAAGUAGGCACGAGAGUCACCAGAAUGCCCGAGAGACAAACUCAGCUGAAUACACCCUGCCGGACCAUUCUCACCCCUUCCAACACAUUGGUUGCUUUCGCAGCAGGAGAAACUCGAGCUGUUUGCCUCGUUCUCACAGCGUUCCCUCACUGAGUCCAUUAACCUCUACAAAGAGCGAGACCCUCACACGAGCAAACAGCUUACCUGACAUGCUGCUAGAAAACAGCUUUGAGGAGUUCACACCUGAUAUCGACGAAGACGAUGAAAGCUACAGGUUCCAGUGCUCCUGCCCAGGCCUGUACCAGUGCAGUGUGACAGGCCUGGUGUUCCACAUGGAGGGAGAAGGGGACGUGGAUUACAGGACUGUCCCUUGGAACAGGAGACUACUGGCCCAGCAUCAGAAGCAGCCUGCAGGACCCCUGUUUGACAUCAAAUGUGUGCAGCAGUCUAUGCGUCAGCUUCACCUCCCACACUGUGAGAUCCGCUCCACAGGUGGAUGUGACUUCCUGUCAGUUGCUCAUGUGAAUGAUGAGGGCAUCGAGUUUAUCACCCCUCAUAAGAUAACAGAGACUCAUGUGGUUAUAAACAUCACAGGGUUUUCUGGUUUCGGUAAUGUCAAGGAUGAAGACUCACCACCUGUCCCGGUCCGAGCGCUGGUUCUGCUCUUCUACAGGCCUCCGGUUGAUCCUGAUCUUGACUCACUCCUCAAUGUGUUGUUGCUACCAGACCAGAUCAAACUCUGGAAUGUGAAGCGCAUCAGGAAGAAGUUAUAUGGAGAUGAGAACUUUAUACAGACAUCCCCACAGUGUAAACUGCACCCAAAGCAGGAAUACACACUGUCCACUUGUCCUGAAGACGACUCAGUUCUAGUUCAACCAACAGAAGCAGAAUUUUACUGUGACGACUACGACAACUACUUCCCAUCAUUCCAGCUGGAUUUAGAAAAACCCAUGAAACACAUUAAGCUGCUUCUGAGAGACACCAACAAAGUCAAAGUCUGGGAAAGACGAGUUUGUCUUUCGUCCACUGGAGUAAAAAGGUCCUGUGUGCAGGGCAUUUCAGAUGACAUCCUGUUGGACAUACGGAGCAGCUUCAUCGACGGGAUAUCAGGACCUGUUCUCCAAAGUCUGGUGGACAAAAUGUUUGAGAUAAAGGUGAUGACUGAUUCUGAGAGGGAGUCAGCGGACGGGAUCCAGAACAAAAGAGACAAAGCUCGUUUUGUUUUCGACACAGUGAGGAAUAAAGGUGAAGCUGCCAGCUCAGAGAUGACUGACUUUCUCUGCGAGGUCGACCCCUUCCUGUCUGAACAUCUCGGGCUGAUCUGAAGCUCAACGAACAGUCGAUGGAUUCAGAACAUGAUGAGCUGCUGGUUAGAAACUGUUCAUCGACCUUGAAAGAACAAUCACUGUUCUCGAUCUCCACUUCACAUUUGAAUGAAUCUGUAGGCAUGGACAGUUUUUAUAUGUUGAAUUCAAAAUGUUUCAAUUAUUUUAAAACACCCUUGACCAAAUGCAUUGGAUGCAGUCUGCUGCUCUUUUCAUAGUGUUUGUCACCAGACUUUUUCAUAUUUUACUUACAUUUGAUAUUUUUAUGCAAGCUUUCUGUGAAGUCCCCCAAAAAGAAGCAGGUGUCAUGAAGUUGUUCGCCAACUUCCAUCCAAAUAAAUGAAUUCUAACAUUGCAACAAAGAACGAGAGAUUUAAGAUACAUUAAAGCUGUUUUUUGGUAUCUUGUUCAACUUUUUGCUCGUGUCAAUAACAGAGGAGAUCAUGUGGUUGAAGUGAAAGUUAAAUAUAUCCCCUCCUGGUGACAGAAGUUUUAUUUUAUUGUACCUCUCUAUAACUGAUGUCAUACCUCCAUCAGCCAACAGGAGGCGUCACUCCCUUGUUAAUGACUAGUUAGUGCUCAGGUCAAGUCAAGGUGAUUUUGCCUGUCAUGAAACAUGAAGUGAGGCUGCUGACAAAUGAGCCAUGACAAUGACAAUCAUUUAAUAUUCAUGUUUACAAUAAAAAUGCUUUUGAAAAACAAACUGUAAAUAUUGAUACGGUUGAUAUUUUAUAAUAAAUGUUGGAAUAACUUUAAGAUUUA